UUUCAGCUCCAGUAGGGCGCAGUUAACCUUAAAAAACAGUUUUCUGUGCGUAUAAACCAGAUUCUGAAAAAGGUAUAUCUGCUUAGGUGAUCAUUUUAAUGGCAGCGAGUGUAGGAUUGGCCAUGAAUCCGCCGCACACGACAGAAGAAAGGGCGGUUUUCACGCAGCUGAAGCCGGUGAGGAUGUCGGGAGCGGACGGCGCCGAGGACGCGUCCGUGUUUGAGGACGUCAAACCCGGGACUCGACUAGAGUUGGACAAAUACCUGCCACAGGUCAGCGGUCCUCUCUUGACUUCCACCAGCGACACUGGCGACAAAAAGUACAGGCGAGAGAGCGCCUCCGUCGUCGACGAGUACUUCUCAGAGGACAAACCUUCCGCUCCUUACAGCCUCAACAUCAACCUCAUCCUCCCCAGCACCACUCAUCUCCGCACAGGCCUCUACAGGCCCAACACCAAGACCCUCACGCCCCAGCAGAUCAAGACAGAGCCCGGGCUGGAGGUGCCCUGCUCCAUCCCCACCACCACCACCCAGGCCUUGCCAGACUUCACCUCCGUCUUCAGCAUUCCGCCUGUAGUCAACAAUGUUUUCAUCAAACCAGACAUGAGCUCUGGCGGAGCGGUCAAUGUUGCCGCAGGAUCGCAGCAGCAACCGAAUUUGGACACAGAUCUUCACAUCGGACCCCAAGCCCCCCAGCCGCAGGUCUACCACAUGCCCAUCACCAGCUGCGCCGACCUCACCAUGACUCUGUCGCACACCAGCCCGGCUGGGACACACGGCUCCUCAAACAGCAGGACCAUGCUGAACCUCAGCAGCGUCGCGUUGCCGAGGAGCAACGGCAACUACAUGAUGGCAGAACACCAACUGCCGCAGCACCACGGUUACUACCACGCCCCCGCCAAUUCAUCCCAGCACACGGCGCCCCACAGCCUGCCGCCCUCGCCCCCAAACUCCCAGCCGGGGAGCCCAGAUGGCCAGGCGGAGCUGCUCAGCUUAGCGCCCCAGCCUCCGCCUCCGUACCAGCACCUCCUGGGAGAGAUGAAGGUGGCGGGGUUGUCCUCUCACGCUAUGCUGAUGACACACGGCCAGGGCGUCCUGACAGGUCCCAAAUACAACAGGCGGAACAACCCAGAGCUGGAGAAGAGGAGGAUCCACUUCUGUGACUACCAAGGCUGCACCAAAGUUUACACAAAGAGCUCCCAUCUGAAGGCACACCAGAGGACACACACAGGUGAGAAGCCGUACCGUUGCACAUGGGAUAACUGCGACUGGCGUUUCGCCCGGUCAGACGAGCUCACCAGACACUACCGGAAACACACCGGGGCCAAACCCUUCAAGUGCAUCGCCUGCAGCCGCUGCUUCUCCCGCUCCGACCACCUGGCCCUGCACAUGAAGCGUCACCAGAACUAGUGCAGACACACCUGUGU